AUGAACCUACUUCUUCCAGCCACCGUACUCAACGCUCUUAUCGCAGCGACCUUUGGUUUAGCAUUCACUGCAUCAGCACUGGUGGCUUGCCGUGAAAGAGGUCUUGUGAUGCCCUUUAUGGCUUUGAGAAGGGCUGAUCGUUUCAUCUGUUCCGACACCCCAUUCGUGGACUUCUUCACGCUCAUCUACGUCGCAGUAGUUUUGAAGGGUUCAUCAGCAAAAGUCGUACUCAGAAAAUACAUGGUCUCUCGGUCUAUCGCCAUCCUUGGUUUGGUGCUCAUGAAGGUGAAGAUAGCAGCGGCCCAGCAGACAUACAGCAGACGAUUUUGGAACGACUUCUCAAUAGCCACCUCGGUGACCCUUCCCCCAUCAACCUCAACGCUUACUGUCCCUGGUGCCGGGGAGGUCAUCACCGUUACCGUGCCUGGGGAUGAGAAGACAUCUACACUAACCGUUCCCGGGGAAGGAGAAGUCAUAACCGUCACGAUACCUGGAGCACCAUCAACUGCAACAGUAUCUGUUACGAUCCCAGGCGAAGACAAAACUUCAACUCUUACGAUUCCUGGUGCGGGAGAAAUCACGACUGUCACAGUACCCGGCGAAGCCUCGACCGUCACCGUCCCAACGACAGUAACCCUACCCGGAGAGGAUUCUACCAUCACGCUUCCCGUCACUCUCCCAGCUGAAACUGUCACCCUCCCUGGUAAUCUAGCAACCACCACCGAAACCGCUCCCGCUUCGACAGUCACUCUCCCGGGCGAGCUAUCCACAGUAACCACCACGGAGACCGUUUCUGCUUCGACUGUCACCGUCACUGCAACUGCCACGCCCAGUGCUGGUGCUGGCUCAUGUUCUCCAAGUGCCAAUGCCAUUGUCAAUGGCGGUUUUGAAACUCCUCUGGCCGGCACAUGGAGUGUCCUCACUGCCGGCAGUGCAAUCCUGGAACGAGUAAGUAUUUCAGGAAGCACAUUCGCUCUCCGAUCAAGGAGCGACGCCACCAACGGUAACUUGCCGCAACGCCUCGUUCAGGCCGUCACCUUGUGCCCUGGAACUACUUAUCAAGUGAGUUUCCAGGCGAGGCGCGUAACAACAGCUGGUAUUGUGUCUGCGGUGGCGUAUAUUAAUGAUGUUGCUCUGGCUGGUGGUGUGGUCGCGUCUACUUCUUUCACGCCUGUUGGGACUAUCGGUAGUGGACAGUUCAGCUUGGCGAGUGGCAGUACCGCUAUCCUGAAGAUCGAGUUUAGCUACCAAAGCGGAAUUGGUUCAGCGAAGAAGGUCCAGAUUGACAAUGUCGCGAUUACUCCGGUUUUGUAG